UCAAUCCAAAAGUUUGACAGCUCGUGAUUAUUGAAUUUUAUUUUACUUCCUCCUUCUCAUUCUAUUUUUAUUUACGUAAACUAAAUGGAAAAUGUAGACAAAAUUGCCUGAAUAUAUAAAUUAGAGCAAAGCAUUUACUACGCUACCAUGCUGUGUACUUAAUUUCUUGUGGUGCAUUUAAAUACUUAAUCGUUGUGUGAGUUCGUUGUCCUGCCACAAUGGGUUCGAAGGGUUAUUCACCGUUUAUGGCUAGGAACUCCGCGUUCAGCCCGUACCGGCUGCUCCGGCGGGAGCUCGGGUUCCCGGCGGCGGUGGGCGCGGGCGACGCCAUGGCGCGCAGCCUGUACUGCGGCAUGAAGCCCAUCGCCUCCUGGGACUGCGACCAGGCGCAGGCGCUGCCCACUGGAGGAGUCUUCAACCUUGAAUUUUCACCGGAAGGAAACCUGUUGGUGGCAGCUUGUGAGAAAAAGUCCAUACAAAUAUUUGAUCCUUUGACUCAUCAGAGGAUCUAUUCAGUGAAUGGGGCCCACUCAGACUGUGUCAACUGUGUGAAAUUCCUUGACGGGCGCAUGUUCGCGACUUGCUCCGACGACACCACCAUAGCUCUGUGGGAUGUAAGAAAUUUAAAAAAGAAAAUACGGUCUCUAGCCGGCCAUUCACAUUGGGUUAAAAACAUAGAGUUCUCACACAAAGACAAACUCCUCGUCACAUCAGGACUGGACGGCAGUAUAUACACGUGGGAUAUAAAUAGUUAUACGGAGUAUAAUCUGGUGUACCAAAGAGUGUUUCAUGCGUCUGGUCUGAUGCGGUGCCGGCUGACUCCGGACGCUCGGCAGAUGGUGAUGUGCACCACGGGAGGACUGCUCGUUAUUAUACAUGAUCUCAACUUGGCGACGCUGGCACAGGACUUGCAUGGAUUUAAGCCAAACUUAUACAGGCUGAUGCAGAUGUCCCGCCAGCUGAUCCCCAUAGCCGCGAUGUACGAACACCUGUUCGAUAGGAAUAGAAAGGAGAACCGAGUGGAGUUUGUUUCCGACUUCCCAGAGGUUAACGACGCGGAGGUCGUCAGCGCUUUGCAGAUUCACCCGCAGGGCUGGACGGCGCUCAGCAGGAACAUCAGCCACGACGACCGCUCAGAGUGGUCUUGCAUCCACGACAUCCAACCCGACGAGGGUGUGUCAGACAAGAGCACUCGCGACUGUUCCCCCCCCGCGCGCCGCCCCCGCCGCCGCGCCGCCCCGCGCCGCCGCCCCGUCCGCGCCACCAGGCAUAGCCCAAGAGAGACACAUGACAACAGCUCAACAUCAGAAAGCUCGAGCCAGGAGCAAGAAGGCGAGCCGGUGACGUCACGCACCGAGCCCUCAGCACAGGGGGCCACCGCGCCCGCCGCCGCCGCGCCCGUGGGGCCCGCCGGCAACAACAACGUGGCCGUGGUCGGAGCUCAAGGACUAUCAAGUAUACAAAACGACGUGUGGGAGGCGCAGAUCACGAUAAGACAACAGAGAAUGUUAAGAGAAAUGGCUAGUAGAGGGCAGGUGGGUCGCAACUUCAACAUGCAGCGGAUAAUGGGCAUCAACACGGGCAUCGCGCCGCCACCGCCCGCCCGCCCCCGCGCCGCGCGCCCCGCCCCCGCGCGCCUCCUGCCCCGCCAUGUCGACAGCGAUAGACUGAGCACAUCUCCGUCCAUGUCGGGGCAGACGCCGGCGCCGGCGGACCCCGCGCACCACAUCCGCGAGAACCGCGACCGGCUGCUCUACUACAUCGAGGAGACCAACGAGGGGAAGGGCUUCAUCAAGGAGCUGUGCUACUCGGCGGACGGGCGGCUCGUGUGUUCUCCCUUCGGCCGCGGCAUGAGACUUCUAGCGCUUAAUGAGUCUUGCAGCGAGCUGCCGCACUGCGUGCCCGGCCUGCAGGGACCCACGCCCAUGGUCGAGGUGGGCCAGAGCCUCGGCAUCCACCAGGACAUCGUGGUGAGCUCCAAGUUCAGCCCGCGCGGCCCGCUGCUGGUCACCGGCUGCCUCGAGGGCAAGAUCGUGUGGUACGAGCCCUUCAGCGGGGAGCAGCUGCACUGAGUGAUAUCAUAGGACUUUAUUAAAUAGUUGACGACAGA